AGUUCGUAGAAUCAGACACAUCUAACAUUUCGUAGUGAUCUUGUUAGCUGAACUUUGGGCUGCAUCGACAUGUGAAAGACGUCAAAAUACAGAAUUGUUUCAGUUUCCGAACUUAACCAAAAAGUCACCUUGAACUGCUUCAUACGACAUUGAAAUACAGAAGAAACAAAAAGGAAGUUAAAUUCUACGGAUUUUUAAAACCAGGAAAUGGUGGAAGAAAGAAAAAAUCUGAGUAAGAAAUUUCUCAGGAAAUUAAAAUUAUUGAAAUAAUCGUCAAAUCAUCAAACACAAAAAGAGAUGGAACAAAAGGCCAAGCGUGGUUUGAUGAACCUUGAAUUUCUGUGCAAAAGACAGUUAAUAGACAAGGUCGAGGAGCACGAAAAAUUGCUGAGCACGCAGGUUACUCGACUUAAGAAAGCAAAACGGAACCUACAGUUCCAAAGGGAAGAAAUUAAGGAAUUGAACGACGAGUUGCGAAGACUGAAACUCGAAAACAAACAUUUGCAGACUAUAUUAAUAAGAGAAACAGAUGUAGAAGAACAAGACAUGACCGAGAUGUUGAUGAAUGAUUUCAGAGAGGAAAGGAGAAAUUCCAUGAGCUUGGAGCACUCCUUGAUGGUGACAAAGUGGGAAUUGACAGAAAAAAUAGAGGUUUGUAUAUAA